AUGGAUGUGAAUAUGGGCCAGAGGGCAGGCAUGCGAGCCCCUCUCCUUGGCCUGGUCCUGUUGCUGCCGUUGCUGCUUUUCAAGCCACCACCCUGCUGCGGCCAGAAUACCCAGGGGGGCCUUCAGGAUGGACCUCACUUUGGCUUCACUCAGGCUGUCUACCACGCUAUGGUUUACGAAAACUCAGCAGCACGCACCUAUACCAUGAGUAAAGUUAAAAUGGGCAUCCACCUGGCCCAGCGCUCCUGGGAUGUGCGUUACAGAAUCACUUCUGGUGAUGACGAAGGGUUUUUCAAGGCAGAGGAGUAUGUGCUGGGAGACUUCUGCUUCUUACGCAUGAGGACUAAAGGUGGCAAUGCAGCAAUCUUGAACAGAGAGAUUCAGGAUAAUUAUGUAUUGACGGUAAAGGCGUCUGUCAAGGGAGAACCCCUCCUUGAGACCUGGACUAAAGUCAGUAUCCAGGUCAUGGAUAUGAAUGACUUGCGACCCCUGUUUUCACCCACCACUUACUCCGUCACUAUUGCAGAAAGCACUCCUCUCAGGACUAGCAUAGCACAAGUUACCGCCACAGAUGCAGACAUUGGCUCCAACGGGGAGUUUUACUAUUUUUUCAAGGAUAAAAUGGAGCUGUUUGCCGUACACCCAACCAGUGGAGUGGUUUCUCUCAGUGGAACGCUCAAUAUUGAUGAGCAGAACCGCUACGACUUAGAAAUCCUAGCUGUGGACCGCGGCAUGAAGCUCUAUGGAAAUAAUGGGGUCAGCAGCACAGCCAAGCUUUUCGUCCACGUAGAGCGCGUGAAUGAGCAUGCCCCUGUCAUGAGUGUUGUCACCCAUAGCCCCUCGUGGCUUGAUAAAAACCCUGUGUAUGCCAUGGUCACUGUUGAGGACCUAGAUGAAGGUUUAAAUGGGGAAGUAGACUCAGUGGUCAUUGUUGGUGGAGAUCCUUUAGAGCAGUUUUUCAUAGAAAGGUUUGUGGAGGGUGAGUUUGCCAUCAAGGCCUCUGAGUCAGUCAAUUGGGAGACUUACCCUUAUGGCUGUAACCUGACUUUGCAGGCUAAAGAUAAAGGAGUCCCACAGAAGUUCUCUGCCGUCAAGGUUGUUCACAUUAUGGUCAAGAAACGGCAGACAGUGGAAGCUACUUUUGAGAAAGACUUGUACGAUGUAAGCCUCAGUCAAAUUUCACCACCAGGAACAACCGUAGAGGCUGUUAAAAUCAAGCCAGAGCCCGAUGAUGCAGAAUAUAUCCUGACACCUUCUGCAGACUCAGCCUUUUUUCAAAUGAACACCCUAACAGGUGUAAUCUCCACCACUCACUGGUUCACUCAGCUGACCCAGGAUGCCUUUCAUCUUGAGGUAAUGGAGAUAGAUAGUGAGCUCAAAGUUAAAGUGAGGGUUAAUAUUGAGGAUGCCAAUGACAACACACCAACAUUUGAGCAGUCUUCUUAUGAGGUUUUGGUCAAUGAAAGUGUACUAGUUGGGACCAAUGUAUUAACAGUCUCCGCAGUGGAUGUGGAUAAAGGAGAAAAUGGAUACAUUACUUACAGCAUUUCCAGCCUUCAGCCAUUACCCUUCCAGAUCAAUCAGUUUUCUGGUAUCAUCAGCACCACUAAAGAGUUGGACUUUGAAUCUUCAUCAGAGAGCUAUGUGUUUGUUGUCAGAGCCUCUGACUGGGGGUCCCCUUACAGGCGAGAGAGUGAAGUAAAUGUAACGAUCCACCUGGAAAAUGUAAAUGACAACCGGCCAUUGUUUGAGAAGGUCGCAUGCCAGGGGGUGAUCUCCAGGGAUUUCCCAGUGGGUGAUGUGAUAACCACAAUGUCUGCCAUUGAUAUCGAUGAGUUGGAGCUAGUCAAAUACAAGAUCAUUUCAGGGAAUGAAUGGGGUUACUUCGACCUCAACGCAGAUUCAGGGGUCCUCUCAUUGCAACAUUCCCUCGACGCAGCCAGUCCAAAGAACGGUCUGUUUAACCUCAAAAUAACUGCUACAGAUGGCGAGAACUUUUCUGAUCCUAUGUUUGUUAACAUCUCGGUAUCUCAUGGGAAAUCUCCUCCCAAAAGUUUCAAUUGCAGAGAGACAAGGGUAGCCCAAAAGUUAGCAGAAAAGUUACUCAAAAAGUCAAAAGCUAGCAUGAAGCCCAAAAUCGAGGAAGGAUUUAUUGACCUUUUCUCUGUCAAUCGGCAAACACCCCAAUUCGACAAAGCUUUUCCGACAGAUAUUGCUGUGCGGGAAGACCUAAUGAUAGGUUCCAGUGUUUUUAAGGUCAAUGCAUAUGAUGGGGACACAGGUUUCAAUGGUCAGAUUCUAUUCUCUAUUUCAGAUGGAAACACUGACAACUGUUUCAACAUCGACAUGGAGACUGGCCUUAUCAGUGUCUUCUUGCCUAUGGACAGAGAAAAAAGGGAUCGAUAUCUCCUCAACCUUACUAUUUAUGACCUUGGCCUGCCACAGAAAACUGCCUGGCGUUUGCUUACUGUUUACAUUGAGGAUGCUAAUGAUAAUGCACCCCAAUUUUUGCAAGAAGGAGGCUAUACAAUUGUCAUACCUGAGAAUACUGCUAUAGGAACGGAUGUCAUCCAGGUUGAGGCCACUGACAAAGAUCUUGGACCCAAUGGGGAGAUUGUGUACUCUGUUUUGUCCAGCACCACCCAGUUUGGUAUCAACUCUACUAACGGGAUAGUGUAUGUUGCUGGCCAACUCGACAGGGAGUUUGUUCCGGUAUUCAACCUAAAGAUCGAGGCCCGGGACAAGGCAGAGAAAGGGAGCCAGAAGUUUUCAGCGAUCACUUUAAAAGUAAUAUUAGAGGAUGUGAAUGACUGUCCCCCACUAUUCAUCCCCAAUGUCUACAAAGCCAGGGCUCUAGAGGAUCUUCCAGUAGGAACUGUUGUGGCCUGGUUAGACACCCAGGACCCAGAUCUGGGGUUGGGAGGCCAGGUCCGUUACUCACUAGCCAACGAUUAUAAUGAAUGGUUUGAGGUAGACAGGGCCAGCGGGGCUAUUCGACUGACAAAAGAGCUAGACUACGAGACUCGGCAGUUCUACAACCUUACUGUGAAGGCCAAAGACAAGGGAAGGCCUGUUUCUCUUCUUUCUGUCACCUCUGUGGAGGUAGAGGUCGUAGAUGUGAACGAAAACCUCUAUGCUCCAUACUUUUCCCACUUUGCCUUGACGGUACCAGUUAAAGAGAAUGCCCGGAUUGGAACUACCUUACUUCAAGUCACAGCCGAAGAUGAGGACACUGGCAGAGACGGAGAAAUCCAGUACUCCAUUCGUGAUGGGAGUGGGCUUGGACGAUUUGCCAUUGAUGAAGAGACAGGGGUGAUCUACACCACCGACAUGUUGGACCGCGAGACCAAGGACUCCUAUUGGCUGACAGUGUAUGCCAGCGACCACGGCGUUGUGCCUCAGUUCGCCACCAUCGAGGUUUUUGUCCAGGUGGAAGAUGUUAACGAUAACGCGCCGCUGACCUCAGAGCCCCUAUACCGGCCUUCAGUGCCCGAGAACUCUCCACGGGAUGUUUCUGUGAUCCAGAUACAGGCCCAGGACCCCGACGCAACCCCCCCUGCUGCAGCUGACAGGCUCAACUAUCGCAUCGUCAGUGGCAACCCGCAGAACUUCUUCACCAUCAACACCCGCACUGGUCUGAUAACCACAACUUCAAGGAAACUGGACCGUGAACAACAAACAGAACAUGUUUUAGAGGUGUUGGUGUCAGACGGGGGUCCAGGAGCCAGGCAGAGCACAGUGUGGGUGAUGGUUCAGGUUCUGGAUGAAAACGACAACAAGCCCACGUUUCCAGAGAAGGUCUACCAGGUGAAACUCCCAGAGAGAGAGCGCAGAAAGAAGGGCGAGGCCAUCUAUCGGGUGUUCGCCUACGACCGCGACGACGGGCCCAACAGCGACCUCUCCUACAGCAUCGUGGACGGAAACGAGGACGGGAAGUUCUUCAUCGACCCCAAGACUGCAGUGGUGUCUUCACGCAAGGCGUUCACUGCCGGGAGCUACGACAUCCUGACUGUCAAAGUGACAGAUAACGGGCGUCCUCAGAGGUCCUCCACGGCUCGCCUGCACAUCGAGUGGAUCCGUCGACCCCCCCCCUCCACAAUCCCCUUGCUCUUCGAUGAGCAGUUCUACAAUUUCACCGUCAUGGAGAAUGACAAGGUGUCAGAGAUUGUGGGCGUGGUCUCCCUGCAGCAGAGCUCCACCCUCGUGUGGUUUGACAUCACAGGUCCCAGGUCUUUUCGUGAGAUGUUCUAUAUUCUGCAGAGCGCUUGUGGCAGAAACUGUUCCUCAGAAGGUGGGACCAGCGACAGUGUGUUUGACGUGGAGAAGGCUGCGGGCACCAUCAUCAUCGCCAAGCCUCUGGAUGCUGAGCAGCGCUCCUUCUACAACCUAUCAGUGCAGGCCACAGACGGAACUAACACUGCGUACACACAGGUUCACAUCACCAUUAUGGACAACAACGACAACACUCCCAUAUUCUCCCAACCGACCUAUGAUGUCACUAUUUCUGAAGACACGCCCCCUGACACUGAAGUGGUCCAGGUUCUGGCGUCGGACCGGGAUGAGCAUCACCAGCUGACCUACUCUCUGCAGAGCUCCAUAGACCCCAGUAGCAUGCGUCUGUUCCGCAUCCACCCCAGCCUCGGUACUAUCUACACCACCCAGAGGCUGGACCACGAGGCCUGCGCCCAGCACAUCCUGACUGUCCUUGUAAAGGACCAAGAGUUCCCAUACAGAAAGAACCUGGCUCGUGUGCUAGUAGAAGUGGAAGAUAUCAAUGACCAUGUACCAAUCUUUACCAGUGCGCUUUAUGAAGGCUCAGUCUACGAGUCAGCAGCAGUGGGAUCAGCUGUGGUUCAGAUUACAGCCCUGGACAAAGACAAGGGCGAGAAUGCAGAGCUACACUACUCCAUUGAAGCAGGAAACACUGGAAAUGCUUUCCAUAUUGAACCAGUUCUGGGCAUAAUCACUGUUGCACGGGACUUGGACUUGUCCAGCAUAGGCCAUUAUGUUCUUACCAUCAGAGUCACUGACAAUGGCUCUCCUCCCCUGUCCACCACCACUAUAGUGCGCAUAGCUGUCACUCUCUCUGAUAAUGCCGGACCAAAGUUCCCCCAGCCUGAAUACCAUGCUGAAAUCACAGAAAACGCUGUGGUUGGGACCUCUGUCAACACAGUCAGUGCAGUCAGCCAGUCCACCCUCACUUAUGACAUAAAGAAGGGCAACGCAGAUCGUGUCUUUCAGAUAAAUCAGUACAGUGGAGUGAUUACUACUCAAAAGACUCUAGACUAUGAGACUACAGCAUCUUACACCUUGAUAGUCCAGGCUACAAACAUGGCUGGCAUGGCCUCCAAUGCUACUCUGUUGAUCCAGGUAGUGGAUGAGAAUGAUAACCCACCAGUUUUCCAGCAGCUUCACUAUCAUGGCAGCAUCAGCGAGGCAGCACCAGUCAACAGCGUGGUCCUGAACUCAGACGAUUCACCUCUCGUAAUUAAGGCCACUGAUACUGACCACAACCAAAAUGCGCUUUUGGUCUACCAGAUUGUCGAGGACACUGCAAAAAUGUUCUUCACAGUGGAUUCUGGGACUGGGUCCAUCAGAACAAUCGCUAAUCUAGACCAUGAGACAUUUGCCACCUUCCACUUCCAUGUCCAUGUGAGGGACAAUGGCAGGCCACAGUUGACAGCAGACAGUCCAACAGAGGUCACAAUACAAGUCAUUGACACAAAUGAUUCACCACCUCGCUUUACCCAGAAUGCCUAUGAGACAGUACUGUUACUUCCCACCUAUGUGGGAGUGGAAGCUCUGCAGGUUUCAGCCAUAGACCCAGACAAAGAUGUCCCUUCAGAGCUCACCUACUCUCUGACUGAUGGCGUGCUGGAGCACUUUGCCAUCAAACCUUCCAGUGGAGUCAUCACAGUCAAAAACAACAACUUCUCCAAAGAACGUUUUCGCUUCAGUGUCAAAGUUUCCGAUGGGACAUUUUCCAGCACAUCUUUAGUUACCAUUCUGGUCCGAGAGGCUCUGGACUCUGGUCUCAGCUUCUCUCAGAGCCUUUACUCUUCAUCUAUUCAAGAGAAUGAAUCUAAUAUCACCAAAGUGGCUGUUGUCAACGCUGUGGGAAACCGUCUAAACGAACCAUUGAAGUACACCUUGUUAAAUGCUGGGACAAGUUUCAUAAUUCGUCCAACUUCUGGUGUGAUCCAAACCACAGGUAUACCCUUUGACCGUGAAGAACAAGAGUUCUAUGAACUGGUCGUUGAGGCCAGAAGGGAGCACGACCGUCUGCACGUGGCAAGGGUUAUGGUCAGAGUCCAAGUUGAGGACAUAAAUGAUAAUUCCCCUGUGUUUGUUGGACUUCCUUAUUAUGCAGCUGUUCAAGUAGAAGCUGAGCCAGGAUCACCCAUUUUCAGGGUCAUGGCGGUAGAUGGGGACAAAGGCAUUAAUGGAGAGGUGUCUUACUAUCUAAAGGACAGCCAUGGUCACUUUGAUAUCAACCAGCUGACAGGUGGUCUAAGCCUCAAGAGGGCUUUUGAGUCUGACCUGUCUAAUAUGGAAUAUCAGAUGGUGAUAUAUGCCAGAGAUGGUGGUUAUCCACCCCUCUCAUCUACCAUAGAGUUCCCCAUCACAGUUGUCAACAAAGCCAUGCCUGUCUUUGACAAACCAUUUUAUUCUGUUUCUGUGAACGAGGAUGUUGCUGUGCAGACACCUAUUCUCGGCAUCAAUGCAACUAGUCCUGAAGGUCAAAGCAUCAUCUACACCAUAGUUGAUGGAGACCCAUCUUUACAGUUUGACAUUGGUUUUGAUACUGGAGUCAUAAGCGUCAUCCACUCUUUGGACUACGAAGCAGCAUCGUUUUAUCAUCUGACCAUCAGAGCCACAGAUUAUCUGACCGGUGCCCGUGCUGAGGUGGCUGUAAAUGUGGUUGUCCAGGAUGUAAACGAUAACCUACCAAUCUUCCAAAAAAUGUCCUACAGGGUCAUUUUGUCGGAAACAGCCAUGAUUGGAACUCCAGCACUUCAAGUUAUUGCCGCUGACAAAGACUCAGAUAAAAACAAUGCUGUUCGUUACCAGAUCUUCUCAGAUGUGCACAACAGAACAGACUACUUUCAUAUUGAUAGCAGCAGUGGAUUAAUCCUGACAGCGCGUAUGCUGGACCAUGAACUCGUCCAGAAGUAUGACUUCAUUGUCAGGGCCACUGAUAAUGGCUUCCCCCCAUUGAGUAGUGAAGUAUCAGUCAUAGUUGUAGUUAAUGACAUGAACGACAAUCCACCCGUUUUCAAUCAGCUACUCUAUGAGGCAUAUGUGAAUGAGUUAGCACCCAGGGGUCACUUUGUAACCUGUGUCCAGGCCUCAGAUGCCGACAGCUCUGAUUUUGACAAGUUGGAAUACAGCAUUUUGUCAGGAAAUGAAAGAAUGAACUUUAUGAUGGACAAAAAAACAGGAGUCAUCACAUUGUCCAGCCACCUUAAGCAAAGAAUGGAGCCUGCCUACAGCCUCAACGUUUCAGUGUCUGAUGGGGUGUUCACCAGCACCGCACAGGUUCAUGUCAAGGUGUUGGGGGCCAACCUGUUUAGUCCUGUGUUUGGACAGAACAUGUACGAGGCAGAGUUAAGAGAAAAUUCUGCUGUGGGAACCAAAGUUAUACAAGUAAAGGCAACAGACGCAGAUCCUGGAGUGUUUGGUCACAUCACUUUUUCAUUUGUAAAUGAUGUGGGAAACGACCAAUUUAACAUUGAUGCAAAUGGCCAGAUCACCACUGUAGAAAAGCUUGACCGUGAGGACCCAGCCAAUAAGGACAUUGUUUUGACAGUGGCAGCCCAGGACUCAGGAGGACGUGUCUCUUACUGUACAGUACACGUUACUCUGUUGGAUGAUAAUGAUAAUGUUCCUCGCUUCCGUGCUACCGAGUACCGAGCUUCAGUGAAAUCUAAUGUAGCUAAAGGGUUUAUGGUGACACAAAUUCAGGCUUAUGAUUCUGAUGAUGGCACGAAUGCCAAAGUAACAUAUUCACUUUACAGUGAGGCCCAUGUCCCUGUGGUAGACAUUUUGGAGAUAGACCCAGACAAUGGAUGGAUGGUGACUAAAGGCAGCUUCAGCCACUUGAGGAACUCCGUUUUAUCUUUUUUUGUGAAGGCAGUUGAUGGAGGUAAUCCAGUACGGCACUCUUUAGUGUCUGUCUACAUCCAUGUUCUUUCUCCAGAGGCCUUCAUUCCUUCCUUUAGCCAACAUCAAUACUUAUUUAGCCUACCAGAGGACACCCCCAUAGGUUCAGCCAUAGGGACGGUGCACCUUAACACUUCUCCUGGACAUGCCUUGCUCUCAGCUACCUUUGCCCUGGUCAACGGAGAGACAGGCGAAAACAACCAAGAUGGGAUGUUUGUGGUGGAAAAGGAUACAGGUGUGAUCAAGCUUGAUAAACCCUUGGACCAUGAGGUGAUAAAAGGUUACCAUUUCAAAGUCACUGCCAUUGUACAACAGGCUAAGCUGGAUUCUGUCACUUCUGUUGAUAUUGAAAUCAAAGUCUUAGAUCUAAAUGACAACAAACCAGCUUUUGAAGCCAAUUCAUAUGAGGCCACAGUUAUGGAGGGAAUGACAAUUGGAACCAGAAUCAUUCAAGUCCAAGCAUUAGACCCAGACUCAGGGGCAAAUGGCCAGGUAACAUAUAGUCUUGGGACAUUAAUCCAGUCAGAAGCGGAAUCAGACGCAUUGGUUGGAACCUUUAGCAUUGACAGUAACACAGGCUGGAUCUCCACACGCAAGGACCUGGACCACGAGACGAAUCCAUCCUACACAUUCACAGUGAUUGCCUCUGACCUUGGGGAGACCUUAUCUCUUUCCAGUACAAUCACUGUGACCGUAGCAGUAUCAGACAUCAAUGACAAUCCGCCCAUGUUCCUGGAGCAACGCUACUUUGGUUCAGUUCAGGAGAGCGACCCGCCAGGCCAGGUGGUGGCUGUGCUGAACACCAGAGAUGAUGACAGCUCUGCUGUUAACCGUCAAGUCAGCUACCACAUCACUGGUGGAAACUAUCGUGGUGUGUUUGCACUGGGUCUGGUUCAGGGUGAAUGGAAGAUGUAUGUGAAGUGGCCCCUGGACAGGGAGGAACGCAACCUCUACAUCAUCAAUGUCACUGCUAGCGAUGGACUCUUUGUUUCCCAGGCAACGGUGGAGGUGACAGUGAUAGACACCAAUGACAAUAGCCCCAUCUGUAACCAGGCUGUAUACACUGCCUCUGUUCCAGAAGACCUCCCAGUCAACAGUGUGCUGCUGAAGGUUGGGGCUACAGAUGCAGAUGUAGGCAUCAGUUCCUGGAUCCAGUACUCCUUACAUGGUCCUGGAUCCCAGGACUUCAUCAUGGACCCAGACACCGGUGAGGUCAAGUCAUCUACGACUCUCGACCAUGAGAUGACACCCUACUACCGGCUUGUUGCCCAGGCAACUGAUGGUGGUGGGCGAUGGUGCCGUGCUGAGGUGCAUCUGGACGUUACUGAUGUGAAUGACAACCCGCCCAUCUUUACGUCGACACACUACACCGCCAGCGUGUACGAAGAUACCGCCCCCAAAGCCCUGCUCACCCGCAUCCAGGCCAUAGACCCUGAUGAAGCAGGUCCCGGUCGUAUGGUGGCGUACUCCCUGUCUGAGUCUGCAGGAGGCUCCUUCUCUAUCGAUAAGUCCUCUGGCAUUGUGGUCCUUGAACGCAUUUUGGACCGGGAGGUUCAACCAGCCUAUCAGAUAGUAGUCCACGCGUCUGACCAGGGUUCACCACUGCCCCUCUCCUCAUUGGUCAACGUCACCAUCACUGUGCUGGACAUCAACGACAACCCGCCUGUGUUUGAGCGCCGUGAUCAGCUGGCAACAGUGCCCGAGGACGUGGGAGUGGGGACGGAGGUUCUGAGGGUCUACGCUGCCAGCAAGGACAUCGGGACCAACGCUGAGAUCACUUACAGUAUCCGAUCAGGCAACGAGCACGGGAAGUUCCACAUCCACCCACUCACUGGUGCCAUUUUAGUGGCCCAGCCUCUGGACUAUGAGACCUGCAGGGACUACUUCCUGACCGUGGAGGCUCGUGAUGGCGGCACACCACCGCUUAGCGCCAUCACAACAGUGAACAUAAACCUGACAGAUGUCAACGACAACGCACCGAUGUUCAGCCGUGAGCUGUACACUGCAGUGGUGUCUGAGGACGCUACCACCGGAGAGUCUGUGGUCCAGCUGGUGGCAGAGGACGUUGACAGUCAGCUGAAUGGAGCCAUCCUUUACUCCAUCAUCAGUGGAGACCGAGACAACCAGUUCUUCAUGGACCCGCUCCGUGGGGUCAUCAAGGUCAACAAGCCACUGGACCGUGAGACAGUUCCCAGCUACUCGCUGGCCAUCAGAGCUUUGGAUAGUGGAAUCCCCCCCAUGUCCUCCACCGUGAUGGUCAAUAUAGACAUCUCUGACAUCAAUGACAACCUGCCCACCUUCUCCCCGGCCAACCUCACUACUGUCAUACAGGAAAACAAGCCAAUCAGCACCAGCAUAUUGCAGCUGUCCGUCAUCGAUCAGGACUCCUCCCACAAUGGCCCGCCCUUCGACUUCCGCAUCCUGUCAGGAAACGAAGGCGGGGAGUUCGUGCUGGAGAAAGAUGGAACGCUGUUGGCCAACCAAGUGUUCAGGAGGGACCUGGCAACGGAAUACGCUAUUCUGAUUCAGGUGACGGACUCGGGGAAGCCCCGCCUCUCCUCCUCCUCCAUGCUGAAGGUCAGGGUGAUUGAGGAGAGUCUUCACCGGCCAGUUGCGUUGCCCCUGGAAGUUCAUAUCGUCACUAUGGAGGACGAGUUUCCUGGCGGUGUGAUUGGCCAGCUGCACGCCACCGACGCUGACCCUUACGAUGCGCUGACCUUUGGCCACGCCCCCCCAGCCCAGCGCAGUCUCUUCAAGAUCAGUCCUCGUGACGGCAAGAUCAUCGCCCUGGGGGGCUUGGAUGCAGGCAGGUACUCCCUCAAUGCCAGCGUUAGUGACGGCCGCUUCGCUGUGCCUGUGCCCGUGAGCGUGCACGUGGAGCAGGCGACACCAGAGAUGCUGCGUGAGGCGGUGACCGUGCGCUUUGAGAGUGUGUCACCACAGGACUUUGUGGCGCUGCACCUGAAGAGCGUGCUGAAGGUUCUGCAGCAGGCCGCCGCCUCGCAGCAGCAGGACAAGCUACACCUGCUCAGCCUGCAGCCUGUCGGGGGGACCCAACAACUGGACAUGCUUGUUGCUGUGGAAACAGAAGCAGGCGGGUACUACAAGGCAGCUUACCUCACCCAGAAACUCAGUGCCUCACGUCGGCAGCUGGAGGAGGUCCUCAGAGUGUCGGCUAUCCUGGAUAAGAACUGCUCGGGCCUGGAGUGUCGCGGCGCGCAGUGCGAACAGACCAUCAUCCUGGACUCACACAACCUGGCUACAUACAGCACGCCGCGGGUCAGCUUCGUUUCACCACGCUUCCAUCGGACUUCACGCUGCACCUGCAAUGAUGCCAGCUGUGCCGUUCUGUCAGAACAGUGUGAGGAGCAGCCGUGUCCUGCAGACAUGCAGUGUGUUUCAGUGGAGGCCACCAGAGGGCGCUACGCAUGCCAGUGUCCACCGGGCAAACUGGGGGAGUGUGCAGGCCAUUCGUCUCUAAGUUUCUCAGGUAACAGCUACAUCAAGUACAGACUGGCUGAACGGCUGCAGACGGAACUGAAGCUCAGCCUCCGGAUCAGAACUCUGCAGAGCAAAGGAAUCAUCAUGUACACACACACUGAGCCCUGCACCGUGCUCAAGUUGGAGGAGGGGAAGCUGUGGUUCCAGCUGGCCUGUGGUGAAGGUGGAGGUGGUGACAGUGCUGACAUGUUGGGUAUCUCCGGUCGUCGUAUCAACGAUGGCAGCUGGCACACGGUGGCGCUGGAGCUCAAUCGUAACUUCAGCAGCCUGGCCCUGGACGACAGCUACGUUGAGCGGCGCCGCGGACCGCCAUUCAUACAACCAUUGGCUCCGGACAGAACCAUCUACUUCGGAGCAAUGGUGCAGCACCCUAACUCUCGCAGCCUGGUGGACUCACAGAAGGACCCGCGGGUGCUCGAAGGCUUCCAGGGCUGCCUGGACUCGGUCACGCUGAACAACAACGAGCUGCCGCUGCAGAACAAACGCUCUCGAUACGCAGAGGUGGUGGGACUGACAGAGCUGAAGCUGGGCUGCAUCCUUUACCCUGACGCCUGCCUGCAGCAGCCCUGUCGCAACGGAGCAACCUGCACCAGCCUGCCUUCCGGUGGGUUCUCAUGCAGCUAACCCCAGUACACCGGAGGGCGCUGUGAGAUGGAGAUCACGGCGUGUGUUCCCAACCCGUGUCAAAACGGCGGAGUGUGUAAACCCAUCGGUAACGCCUUCUUCUGCAGCUGCAGGAGAGGCUUCAAGGGCCUGAUGUGUGAGGAAGAUGUGAACGAAUGUGACCGCAGCAAUCUGGAGGGUGAGUGUGAGAAUGGCGGCGUCUGCGUCAACACUUACGGAUCCUUCUACUGUAACUGCACGGCGGGCUUUGUGGGCCAGCGCUGCGGCCUGCGACCCGUGGUGGUCCCCGACAUGCAGGCAGGUCACACCGUGGUCGGUAAAGAGGAGCUGAUCGGAAUCGCCGUGGUGCUUUUUGUCAUCGUCACCCUCAUCAUCCUCUUCAUCGCUUUCCGCAAGAAGGUUUUUCAGAAGAACUACUCGCGGAACAACCUGUCUCUGGUCCAGGACCCGGCUACUGCAGCGCUCCUCAACAAGGCCAACGGUGUUCAGUUUAAGACCCUUCACUGCACACCAGGGGACCCCCUCAACCUGUACUCAGAGCCCACCGUGCUGGGAGUGGGCGGGAUGAUGUGUCCUCCACAGGUCCCUGUGAGGCCCAUGGCAUACACGCCCUGUUUCCAAGGAGACCCGCGGUCCACGCUGGAGAAGAUGGUGGAUGGGCGCGGUGUGGAGCAUACGGAGAUGAGCACCUUUCACCCCGAGUCCCCAAGGAUCCUGUCGGGAACCACCAGGAGGGGGGUGGUGGUGUGCAGUGUGGCCCCCAACCUGCCGCCAGUGUCCCCCUGCCGCUCAGACUGCGAUUCCCUAUGCAAGAGCCCAUGGGACAGUGAUGAGGGAAAGAUGGUUGACAUGGCAGAAGAAGUAACGUGUUUCUCAGGGAGCAACAAAGGCAGCAACUCAGAGGUCCAAUCCCUGAACUCCUUCCAGUCUGACUCCUGUGAUGAUAAUGCCUCCAUAGUGACGGUCAUUCGACUGGUGAAUGAUGCAGUCGACACAAUCGAAAGUGAAGUGUCAGUAAUGGACCAUGGUCAAACCUACAACAGAGCAUACCAUUGGGACACAUCGGACUGGAUGCCUAACACCAGGCUAUCAGACAUUGAAGAGGUGCCGGGCUAUGAAGCACCCCCCAGCAGCGACGCAGCAUGCUCAGCCCCACGCCUCGGAGGAAGCACCCGUGAACUUGAAUCAGACUAUUACCUAGGGGGCUAUGACAUUGACAGCGACUACCCCCCUCCCCACGAAGAAGAGUUCUUGAGUCUAGACCAGCUGCCACCUCCGCUGCCCACAGGUGAGGAAUACCCUGAGGCCUACACGCCGCUGCCCACCAACCCCCCAGUCUCCAAGGAGAGCACCCUGAGUUCUGGCAGCGCUGGGCAUCAGCAAGCCAGGCCAAACUUCCACCCCAGCCAAUACCUGCCUCCCCACCAGCUGCCCCUUGGAGAGGCCUCCCAUGGGGACCUCAGCACUCCAAUGAGUGGGGUAACCCCAGGAAAUGGGGACACUGAUGACUCUGUGUCGCUAAACAUGCGACUGUCCGUUGGUGCAUCGUCAACCUCGGACAUGUCGGCCCCCGGCGGGCUGGAUGACUCUGAACAUGGCAGUGACUUUGACAGUAUGGACGAGCUUCGUCGAGGCGUUACCAUCAUCACUGACUCACAGCAACAGACUGAGGUGUGAUUGGUCAGUAAACAAAGGCUAUGGGAUCUAUAAUGGACCAGAAGGAGCAUAACAUUGGAAGAAAUGGAAGGAAAUGCACAAGUGGAGGUUAUUGCAGGAAGAAAUGCUUUGUCAUUAAUGCUUGGUACUUCUUUAGCUAUAACAAUGACCUUAAAUCUAAACAAAUUUCAACUGUUUUAAGUACUAUCCUUUGGAAGUGUUGAGUUUGACCAUAAACAACACACUCACUGUGUGUUGUCAGCUUAGUCUCCGCUGUGCAGAACAAUCAGAAGUGUCCUUCCUGCUCCAAUAGGGAGUCACUUGUAAUGUGAAAAGAAUGGGGUAGAGAAUGUGAAUGAGAAAGACUAAUCCAAAAGAGAUGGAAAUGUACAGAUGCGGUAGAGAAGAUAAGAGAGAAAGAGAAGGGACAAUCAUGUAAGUAAAAGGGUUGUUUUUUUCCCUGCUCCUUCAAAGAAGCCAAUUGGACCACUACUUUCUGAAAAGAAAUACAAAAUAAUUACACAAAUGCCCGUUUCUUUUUUUCCUCCGGGGAUUUGUAAACUUUGUAGUGCUCCGAACUUGUACAGACUUUGUAAAAUAGUAUGCCCUUACUGGUGAGUACGUCUGAAGCAAUGUAUCAGCCACAUGACGAAGAGCCAUUUAUUUGUUUUAAUGUGGAAUGUGCUUGCUCUUUGCCCCAAAAUGUUUUUUCCGCCAUCAAGUCAUGAGAUUUCUGCCAUGGUUUCUCAUCAUUCUAAAAUGUUUAAAAUGUUUAAUGUAUCAUUCAACUUCCAGCUUUAUUUCAUCUGGUGCGGAAGCCAAGAGCUGCUAUAGUUGCUGAUGUAAUAAACUAUAAAUAAAUCACAAACUGAUAAUUAUACCCACAGUUAAAGGUGGGGUAGGUAAUUUUGGAGAAACCAGCUCGAGUGCGCUAGAAUUUGAAAAUACAAAACCGGAAAAAAUCUGCCACUUCCUUACAGAGCCCCUCCUCCAACACA